CCUUCAUCCAUCCUGGCGUCGGUGUCUUGCCCUGCCCCAGCGCCGCCGCUCCUUCCCCCACCCCGAAGCGCCGCCUCUUCUGCCUCCGUCGACGGUGGUGGUGCUCCUGAUCCCCGCCGUUGAACUGGCCAUAGGAGAGCAAAGAGGAAGGGGAGGCCACGAGGGCGCCAGUAGAUAUAUUCAUCUUCAUCUCGGCUUGCGAUAUUUUUGAAUUUUCUAUUCCGUAUUGAAGGCGUCGAUGGCCUUGUCCGCCCUAAUCAGCACCCUCCUCGCCGCCGCCAUCUGGUGCGCCGCUUACCUCGCCGCUGCCAUCUCCUCCGCCUUCUGAUUCCCACUCCCCACUCCCCAACCCUAACCUCCCCCCUGUAGCACACCCCACCUCCAGCUUUGUAGGUCCUACUAUACUUGCAACCUCUCCCGCCGACUCGCUUCGAUCUACCCGCCCUCGCGUCACCAUGGGGUACGCGCAGCUCGUCAUCGGCCCCGCUGGGAGCGGCAAGUCAACUUAUUGCUCCAGUUUAUACGACCAUUGCCAGACCGUGGGAAGGACAAUUCAUAUUGUCAAUCUUGAUCCAGCUGCUGAGCACUUCGACUAUCCUGUAGAUAUGGAUAUCAGAGAGCUGAUUUCAUUGGAUGAUGUUAUGGAGGAGAUUGGGUUGGGGCCAAAUGGCGGUCUCAUCUACUGCAUGGAGCACCUUGAAGACAGCUUGGAUGAUUGGUUUGAUGAACAGCUAGAGAACUACCUAGAUGAUGAUUAUCUUGUGUUUGAUUGCCCUGGCCAGAUUGAACUCUUCACACAUGUUCCAGUUCUGCGGAACUUUGUCGAGCACCUGAAACGAAAAAAUUUCAACGUUUGCGCUGUUUACCUUCUUGAUUCACAGUUUGUCAGCGAUGUAACAAAAUACAUCAGUGGUUGCAUGGCUUCUCUAUCUGCUAUGAUUCAGCUUGAACUUCCUCAUAUCAACAUCCUUUCAAAGAUGGAUCUGGUCUCCAACAAAAAAGAUGUAGAAGAGUACCUGGACCCGAAUGCACAGGUUCUUCUUUCACAGCUGAAUCGGCAGAUGGCACCUCGGUUUGGCAAGUUGAACAAGUGUUUAGCUGAACUGGUUGAUGAUUACAGCAUGGUUAAUUUCAUUCCACUUGAUUUGAGAAAGGAAAGCAGCAUACAAUAUGUGCUAUCUUCUAUCGACACAUGUAUCCAGUAUGGGGAAGAUGCAGACGUGAAGGUCAGGGACUUCGAAGAAGACGAAGACUAACCACUGGAUGCUGUGGGAGGUGCAAACUGGUUGCUAGCAGUCGUGUAGUGCGGAGUGAGACUUUGGGACUGUGUAUGGCGCAGGCAUGCAAAAACGUCGUAGGAUGCUGAUGGCAGCUAUGUGGUCUAUGUAAGACGAACUAAACCAGAUACUCCAUUUGGCAAGUCCUAGUAAAACGUGUGCGCGCCUUGAUGGUCCUGUUCUCCCUCGAUGCUCCGUUGGUAUUUUAUCAAAAUCAAUUCAACGGUUGCCGU